AUGGCCUCCAUGCAGUCCGGGAAGACCCCUGGACCGGAUGGGAUACCCGUUGAGUUUUACUCAAUUUACCAGGAGCAUCUUGUUCCCAGGUUUGCCUCGAUGCUACAGCUUUUUUAUAAUCUAGACUCUCUCCCAGAAUCUAUGUCUGAGGCCAUAGUGGUGUUGGUGCCCAAGCCUGGUAAGGACCCUGAGGAAUGUGCCUCCUAUAUGCCUUUUUCUUUGAUUAACGCAGAUGCCAGGGUCCUCGCAAAAAAUUUGGCUAUCAGGCUUGGUACAGUGAUUGAGGACCUAGUUCAAGUGGAUCAGACUGGGUUUAUGCCGGGUAAGGGCACUGACAUCAAUAUCCGGCGCCUCUUCCUGAACUUGGCCACUUCCCAUGACAAGGAGGGUACUAGGGUCAUAGCCUCUCUCCACGCGGAGAAGGCUUUUGAUUCUGUUGAAUGGGAGUAUCUUUGGGAAGUGCUGAGAAGGUUCAGUAAGUUGCACCGAUAUAUAGAAGCUUCUUACUACUUCUCAGAAAACACUUCACAUAAAUACUUUAAUGAAGAUGGAGAAUUUGUGACGCAAUAUGUUAUCCAAAACCAUUUAUUAGUCAACAAAACUAUUCUCACUAAUGAUGUUGGAUUAUUUGAGCAAUCUAAUUCCAGUGAUCAGAACAUUUUUAUCAAUGCAAGUUUAAUAAAAUGGAAGAAUGACCAGAAAGAGAUCCCGAGAUCGCAGUGUUCUGAAGACUGUUUACCUGGAAACAGAGAAGUGCCGAGCUCCAAUGUUCAUGAAUGCUGUCAUGGUUGUGUCCCGUGCUCAGAGGGAGAGAUUUCCAAUGAAACAGGAAGUGAGAACUGCAUGACGUGUCUGGACCAGGAAUGGCCAAACGAGAACAAAACUGAAUGUAAUCCCAAGCAGAUCGAGUUUUUGUCUUAUACUGAGAGCCUGUCUUUAUUUUUCAUGGUUAUCUCUUUGUUUCUUUGCAUUAUAACUUUUCUGAUAAUGACUGUAUUUAUCUCAUAUGGAGAUACCCCCAUCGUCAGAGCCAAUAACAAGAGCCUCAGCUUUGUCCUCCUGGUCUCCAUCAUGUUGGGUUUCCUCUGUGUGUUCCUCUUCCUGGGUCGUCCCCUGGAUACAACCUGCCGGCUACGCCAAACAUCUUUCGGAUUUCUUUUUACCAUAGCGGUCUCCUCUGUGUUGGGCAAGACUGUAAUGGUCUGGCUUGCUUUCAAAGCCACCAAACCGGGCAGUGUGUGGAAAAAAUGGGUUGGAGUAAAGCUGCCCAAUUUUGUCGUCUUCAUCUGCUCAUCAAUCCAAGUUUUAAUCUGCAUCGCAUGGUUGUCGGUCUCUCCCCCCUUCCAGGAGUUGGACAAACGAUCAUAUCAAACCAAGAUUAUCGUUCAAUGUAAUGAAGGGUCAGUUGUUGGGUUCUACUCUGUCCUGGGGUAUAUGGGGAUCCUGGCUGCUGUCAGUUUUGUUACAGCGUUUUUAGCCAGGACAUUACCGGACAGUUAUAAUGAAGCCAAAUACAUCACCUUCAGCAUGCUGGUGUUCUGCAGUGUCUGGAUUGCCAUGAUCCCAGCCUAUCUGAGCACCAAAGGGAAAUAUAUGGUGGCUGUGGAGAUAUUCGCCAUCCUGACCUCAAAUGCUGGACUUCUAGGUUGUAUAUUUUUUCCCAAAUUUUACAUAAUUCUUUGUCACCCCGAUUUAAAUUCGAAGAAGCAUUUGCUUGACAACAGAUGCAAAUCAUUUUUACAAUGAUAUUAGAGAUUUGUACCUACAUAUUAAAGUUAAUGAAGGCCUUCCAUGAAAACUGAAUAUCUACUUAACUGA